CGCCCAUCAACAAAUAUCACCACAAUUCUGUCAAUGCGGGUGUAGGAUUUCUCCAGUUAUUUGUGCCUGUUUCAUCCAUCUUCCUUUGUGGUUCGGUUCAAGUUUAUCCAAAGUCGCCAUUUUUAAGCAUUGAUUUACCUUUCCUUGCUUCAGUUCGCAUUGAUAUCAUAUUGUCGAGAUUUCCUGAGUUCUUCGUAUUAGCCUUGAUGGUCACCCCUUAUUUCUUUCCGUUCCUUGUCGCUCUUGCUCCCAUUGCCUCGGGAUCGCUCCGGUCAGAGCUCCGAAUGGACGGCCUACAAUAGAAGUGGUUCCUUUCAUUCCAAUCUAUGUGUAUAACGUAGGUAUCUUACGCAAUUCUUGGGUCACACGAGGCGUUGAACCAAGAUGCUACCCUUCGGUCGUCGGCGUGCUGCUGUCUUUUUCAUUGUCGUUUCAGGACUCCUUAUCUUCUCCCAGCUUGUCCGCUUGGACCAAUGGGAUCUCUCAAGCAGUCUUUGGCAAACAGAGCCACAGGCCCCCGAGCGAGCAGAACCGCGAAUUCACUUCCAAACGUUUCCGGAGGUCUAUCCAGUGUCGUCACUCAUACAGCUACCAACGUCCACGCCCUCUCCGAUCCCUAAAAUUCAGCACGAUUUCGAACCGGAGACGGCAAGUCAGUCGAAAGAGCGUUUAAAGAGGUUGGGCGCGGUCAAGAAGGCCUUCUUGCAUUCAUGGAAGGGUUACAAGGCUCAUGCGUGGCUGCAAGAUGAGGUUGGCCCCCUUUCCGGCGAAUAUAAAAACGAUUUCGGGGGCUGGGGCGCCACGUUAGUCGACAGCCUGGAUACAUUAUAUAUCAUGGGCUUGCACGAAGAGUUUGUGCGUUCUCUUCGGGCGUUGAUAACAAUCGAUUUUUCCGCAUCGAAUCUGGCUACGCUUAAUGUUUUCGAGACCACCAUCCGCUAUCUUGGUGGGCUUUUGAGCGCGUAUGAUCUCAGCGGAGGGCAAUAUUCGCUGCUGCUGGACAAAGCCCGGCAGUUGGGCGACAUCUUGUACGGAGCUUUCGAUACGCCCAAUCGAAUGCCCCUCGCUCGCUGGGACUGGGCAGCGGGUCAGCGAUACCAUGGUCAAACGGCGCAAUCACACAUACUUGCUGCGGAACUUGGGUCUCUAUCCCUCGAAUUUACACGCUUGUCCCAGCUCACCGGGGAACCGAAGUACUACGACGCGGUACAGCGGAUUACCGACGCACUUGCAGAGCAGCAAAACGACACCCAUAUCCCUGGACUUUGGCCCGUGGCGCUGAACGCCAAGAAGUUACGAUUCACCGAAGACCGCAGCUUCACCCUUGGUGGCAUGGCAGAUAGUUUGUACGAAUAUCUGCCGAAAGAGCACCUCCUUCUCGGUGGAACCACGCAGCAAUAUGCGCAGAUGUAUGAGUUCGCGAUCGAGGCCGCGAAAGAGCAUCUUUUCUUCCGUCCGCUCACCCCGGGGAACCAAGACAUCUUGAUCUCCGGAAGUGUGAGGAAGAGCUCGUUCGGUGCUCUAAAGCAAGAUCCCCAGGGCCAGCACCUCACCUGCUUCGUGGGUGGCAUGGUUGCUCUUGGUGCCAAGAUCUUCUCUCGGCCUGAGGAGCUCACCACUGCUCGCCAGUUGGUGGACGGUUGUAUCUGGGCGUAUGAGUCGAUGCCCUCUGGAAUCAUGCCGGAAACGUUCCGAGUCAUGCCUUGUAAAGAUCCGCAUGACUGCGAGUGGUCAAGGGAGGCGUGGCUGAAAGGCAUCUUUGAUAUGAAUCAUAAGGCUGCUGGUCCUAAGGAUGACGAAAAUAAGGUCGCAUUCGCCGAGAAUUGGGUCGUUCAGGCCAAACUCAGCCAAGGAUUCACGGAGGUUAUGGACAAGAGGUACAUUCUUAGGCCGGAAGCGAUUGAGUCGAUCUUCAUCCUUUACCGAAUCACAGGAGAUCGCAGGCUCCAAGACAAAGCAUGGCAGAUGUUCCAGGCCAUCGAAAAGGCUGCGAGGACUCCCAUAUCGUAUGCUGCCAUUGCGGACGUCACCGUGAAUGAUCCCGAACGGCUCGAUACAUGCGAGUCGUUCUGGACAGCGGAGACAUUGAAGUACUUCUUCCUCAUCUUCAGCGAGCCCAGCAUUGUCAGCCUUGAUGAGUUUGUCUUUAAUACUGAGGCUCAUCCGUUCCGACGCCCAGCCUGACGGCUGUUGGAGCCACCAGCUACGGUCAGCUAAAAGGCUAUCCACGAACCUUUUUAAACUUAAUGCAUCAAUUCGGCGUUACAUAGGCAGAGGCAUAUCAGGCAUAUCCUGGCGUUUGGGUAAACUUUGGACUCUUGAAGGUUAAAUAGCUUUGUUCUUUUGGAUAGAUUAUAGUAUAUGAAGAUAGAAACCCAGUAGUACCAAUACAGCAUCU